UGGGUACUGAAGCAGAGGGGGCGUGGCCUCGGUGUACCGGAGAUGUUUUGGUUUUUUUAUAUUAAUAUAUUUAUUUAAAUAAAAAUGGCCGCCGUUGAGCAUGGAGAGGAGAGACUCGCCGGCUGCGCUGCUGAGGAAGAACCUGACAACCGGAGCCACAAAGAGCGUCGCCAUGACGACCUGCCAACAGGAAGCUCAGAAGGCGACGAUUCUCAGAAGGGGGCGGAGCCAAAGGUCCAGGUGUCUGAGCCGGAGGCGGGGACGUCUGAGUCCCAGUCCGGGGCGAGCCGGUCCGCAGACCCCCGGCCGCGGCGCUCCGUGAUGCGGGACAGGGGGCCGCUGUACGAGGACCCCUCGCUGCCGGCCGGCUGGACCCGCAAACUCAAGCAGAGGAAGUCCGGCCGCUCGGCCGGGAAGUACGACGUCUACCUCAUCAAUUCGGAGGGCAAGGCGUUCCGCUCCAAGGUGGAGCUGAUGGCGUACUUCCAGAGAGUGGGGGACGUCACUAGCGACCCCAACGACUUCGAUUUCACCGUCACAGGGAGGGGCAGCCCGUCCCGCCGUGAGAAACGCCCCCCGACCAAGACGCCCCGGGCCGCCAAACCCUCCCCCCGUCGCCGUGGACGACCCAAAGGGAGCGGGAAGGCACGGCGCUCAACAGAGGGCGUGGCCAUGAAGAGAGUUGUGGAGAAAACUCCAGGGACGCUCCUCGUCAAGAGGCCUUCUGACAAGACCGAGUCAAUGGCCAGCACCAGUACUUCAGCCUUAAUGGUGGUCACCAAGUCGCGUCCGGGAAGGAAGAGGAAGUCGGACCAGGAAGUGGCGCCUCCCCAGACGGCCCCGAAGAAGCGAGGCAGGAAGCCAGCCUCGGCCAGUGCGUCAACAUCAGCGUUACCCGCGGCAACCACUGGACCCGGGGCCUCUUCAGCAGGAAACUUUGCAGCGGCCAUAUUGGCUGCAGAGGCCAAGCGAAGGGCUGCCAAAGAGAGCGCGGCCAGAGCCGUCGUCCAGGAGACGGCUCUGCCAAUCAAGAAGCGCAAAACCAGAGAGACCAUGGAGGACUUUGAGAAGGUGGCAGCGCCUGUUGCUACGACGACACCUAGCGGCUUGGGCCAUGGUGCUGCCCCAAGCACCUCAAAGCCACUUCCAGUCGGCCGGUCAGAGCCACUUCCUGUCGGCCGGUCAGAGCCGCUUCCUGUCGGUCGGUCAGAGCCGCUUCCUGUCGGCCGGUCAGAGCCGCUUCCUGUCGGUCGGUCAGAGCAGCUUCCUGUCGGUCGGUCAGAGCCGCUUCCUGUCGGCCGGUCACAGCCACUUCCUGUCGGCCGGUCACAGCCGCUUCCUGUCGGCCGGUCACAGCCGCUUCCUGUCGGCCGGUCAGAGCAGCUUCCUGUCGGCCGGUCAGAGCAGCUUCCUGUCGGCCGGUCACAGCCACUUCCUGUCGGCCGGUCAGAACAGCUUCCUGUCGGCCGCUCAGAGCCACUUCCUGUCGGCCGGUCAGAGCCGCUUCCUGUCGGCCGGUUGGACCAGCUUCCUGUGAGGGAUGUCGUUCAUCCCCAGGAGCGCCAGACCCCUACAGGCCAGAAGCAGAAUGCAGCCGAGAGUCAAAAGAGGAAGGAUCGCACUCCGCUCAAACACCCCUCCCACCACCGCCCUGCUCCACCGAAACACAAACCUCAGCCGCCCCAACCACCUCCACCCUCACCACAGUCUGAGACCCCACCCACAACACAGGUCACACCUCUGCCCCACCCUGUUCCCCAGACCCAGCCCACAAGACCUCCGCUGCACAUACAGAGCUCACCCACAAGCCCCUCCCCUCCCCGAUCUCAACCAAAAACAAUCCACUCCAGACACCAACCUCAGUCCAGACAGCCCCCGCCUCUCCCACAGACUCAUCAGAUCAGCCCCCAGCUUAACCCACAACAAACACAGCCCCGCCCCCAACUUCUGCCCCGCCCCCAGCUACAGCCCCGUCCCCAGGUCAUCCCUCAACAAACACAGCUCCGCCCCCAGCUACAGCCCCGCCCCCAGCUGCAGCCACACCCCCAGCCACGCCCACAGCGCCCAGGUGACCAGCAGGCACCGAGCCAGCAGGUGUGUCCGACUGCCAGCCUGACCGCCCCCCGGCCCCGCCCCCUCAGCCUGGCCUCAGGCUGGGAGGGGCGGCGGGAGGGUGUCGGGGUGGAGGGGAGAGCAGAGGCUCCGCCCACGUUGGACACCAGGGAGACGUCAAGCCCGCCUCCAGCAGGAAGCAGCGAGCCCGUGGACUCUCGGACUGCUGUCAGUGAACGGGUCAGCUGAAUGGCUAAAGAUCCCUGAUUGACGUGUUAGCGAGUCCGCUGAUUGGCCAGGCUGAGCAGGCUGGGAUUGGUUGUGCUUUGUCUCCGUCUGUACCUGGAGGUCCUGUAGAACUAUAGAACUGGAUCACCAUGGAGACGAGAGGACCACGGAGAUGAGAUCACCAAGGGGACGAGAUCACCAUGGAGAUGAUAUCACCACAGAGAUAAGAUGACCACGGAGGGAGGCAAGGGUGACGAUGUGGACUGUGUACAUAACGACAAGGCAGCUGUUUGGAAGGGGUACUAGUUAGAAACCAUGCAUACUGACACCUAGCUUCCACAAUAUAACCCCCUUUUGUACCUUUUUUAAGCUUGUUUAGAUUCUGGUCUCUAUACUCAGCUUCAGCAGAAAGAUGAGUGUGUGUGUGUGUGUGUGUGUUUAUUUGAGUUUGGAAUAGGGUUAGGCAGGGUUGGGGGUAUAGGGUAUGCAAUGGACCAUACGUCAUGUUUGUCAACAUUAAUAGAGAAUCACAGGUCUUCAACUGAUAUAGUGUCUGGUUAAUGUCAUCGGACAAUAUCGUGUUUGGCUAUUGUAGCUGUCAAGCUGUAACUAAAGAUAGUUUAGGACACGCUGAAAACAUCUGUACCUUGUUCUGCUGACAGGAUCUGGGAAAGGUUUGAUAGAGCUUGGGGAACCAACGCUAACACCUGGGGCUCCUGAGACUCUGCUCGGUGACAAAGAUUAUCUUUUGGUUGAGGACGUCGGCAAUAAAAGAAAAUGCUGUUACGCUUACAGACGGUGA